AUGGAGUUCUUUGGAGCUUUAUUCCCAAGAAUUUAUAUGGAUAGUAGUUUCAAAGGAUGGUUUGUGUCGACACUGCUGUUGGCUGCCUGGCUCGGUUCCUUAGCGAAUGGCCCCUUUGCGGACUAUAUUGGCAGGAGAUUGUCCAUAAUCGUCGCUGUUAUUGUAUUUUUGGUGGGUUCCAUCAUCCAAGCCGGAGCAGUCAAUCUGGAAAUGCUCUAUAUUGGGCGGGCAGUCGCCGGGUUCUCAGUUGGGCAAUUGACCAUGGUUGUUCCACUGUAUAUCAGUGAGGUUUCGUUGCCUGCAAUCAGGGGUGGACUUGUAGUCCUCCAGCAAUUGUCUAUUACCAUUGGUAUUCUUCUUAGCUAUUGGAUUGAUUACGGCUCAAAUUACAUUGGCGGGACGCGAUCCAUGAUCUACUACUCCCCUACAAUCUUUGGCCAGCUGGAUCUUGAGGGGAACAGGACCUCCCUCCUUGCCACAGGCGUCUACGGAAUCGCCAACUGUCUCAGCACCCUCCCGGCUCUCUUCUGGAUUGACAAAGUUAGCCUCAGAGUUCUCCUCAUGUACGGUGCCACAGGAACAGACAUUUCGCUUGUUAUCGUAGGAGCGAUCAUCUGCAGACACGGACCGAGCCUCGUUGAGCAUGCCGCUGCUGGCUGGGCCGGCAUCGCGUUCAUAUAUAUCUACGAUGUCAACUUUUCUUAUUCUUUCGCCCCAAUCGGCUGGGUCCUCCCCUCCGAAAUCUUCAACCUCUCCAUCCGUUCAAAGGCUAUCUCGAUAACUACCUCCACAACAUGUAUGUGUAAUUUUAUAAUCGGCCUGACCCUAGAAGACAUGGACCUUGUUUUCGGGGACACGGCGGCGCAUGAGGAGCAGCAGCGUAUUGUGCAGAUUGAGGCGGCACUGCGCGGGACACCGCUCCCGGGCGCGGCGGCGUUGAAAGAGAGUCUGUUUAAUGAGGAGAAAAAUACCCUCCUCUGCAAGGGUGAUGAUAUUAUCGAUGGAAUUUUACAAGAGGGUAGAUGA